AUGUUUCAGCGCUCCAAGAUGCGAGAUGAGCACUGGAGGGCUGGUCCAGGAGCGAGAACUGCUGGAGCCAUGAGAUACAUGGCCGCAUGGAUGAGACCAUGGCUCCUCCUGCUGCUCUUGAGUUGGGUUGGUGCAGAGCCUCCUGACUGCCCCGUGCCUUCUACCUCGAGCAGCGUCGAAACCGGAAACAAGGGGAUUGAGCUUAUGAAGGCGGGGAACAAGGAGCAGGCAGCUACAUGCUUCUGGAGAGCAGCAGAUUCAGCAGAGAGGAGCGAGGAGGCUAGCGAAGAGAACGGCAACAUGCAAGAUGCGGUGGAGGCAUGGCAGCAGAUGUUUGAUGUGCAGCAGUCGAUCGACAUCGUUCCUGACCUCCAUCAACUCGCCAGGAUCCCACCGAUGCUCAUGAAACUUGGUUUGCAUCAGCAAGCUGUUGAUGCUUGGCAGACGGCCAUACAGCUGCACCCGAACGCUGCUGAAGCGAAAGCCAACUUUGGAGCGACAUUGCAUCAGUUGGGGAUGUAUGAUGAGGCCAUCAAGUUUUACGAGAUGUCCUUGCAAGCAAAUCCCAACUUGCAUGCUGUGUAUGAGAACUUGGCAUCUUUGUACCGCGAGAAGGGGGAGCAGGAUAAAGCUCAACAAGUUCGAAACCGUCUCGAGAAAGUUGUGAAGGCCAACAAGUCAUCAGGAAAGACGUACAUGCAACUACAAGAGAUGGGUUUGGACCAUCUCAACGCGGGGAAGUAUGUGGAGGCAGAGAAGUUCUUUCUGGAGGCUCUGGGAAAGGAGGGGGGCGACAACUACGCCAUCCACUUCAACCUCGGGCUUGUCUACUUCUUCCUGCGGCAGUGGGAUAAGUCUCUUGCUUCUUACGCAAAAUCCCUCGAGCACAAUCCGAACUUCUCUCAUUCGUAUCAUGGGAUCGGGAAUGUUUACGAGACAAACAGAAUCUACGACAAAGCUCUCGAGAAUUUCUUCAAAACGGUGCAACUUGACCCCCUUGCGGCUGAUACGUACUUCAACAUCGGGACUGUUUACCAGCAGAUGAAGCAACACGAAAAUGCUGUCAUCUACCUCAGGAAAUCAGCCGAAAUCUCCGAAUCUUCCGGCGCUUACAUCAACUUGGGGGUCUCGCUGAAAGCGCUGGGGCUGGUGAACGAGGCGAUCGAGUCUUACUACAAGGCUGUCGCCAAGCAUCCGCUUCCUCAGGCCUUUGGGAAUUUAGCGUCGGCCUUGCAUGAGAUAGGCCGAGACAAAGAAGCGAUAGAAGUUGCCCGCAGAGGAGUCCAGCUUGACGGGAACUAUGCGCAUGGUUACAACAUCCUUGGAACUCUUUUACGCCCGUCAAAAGGAACAGGAGGGACAACUUCAGAGGCCAAGAAGGCUUACGAGACUGCCCUUAUCCUUGCACCCACGUUUGUCGACGCGACUUUGAAUCUUGCUGGUCUGUUGGUGGAGGAAGACGAGUUCGACAAUGCUCUACGUGUUGUCCGAGCGGCUCGGCGUCUGGAUGACGAGGACCCGAGGCUCUUCAUGGAGUAUUUCAACCUCAAACGACGAGUAGCGGAUUGGAGUCAUUGGGACCUGAACUUGAGAGAGCUGUCGAAGAUGUUGAGGAGGCAGAUGGCAACCAGCCCGAAGCUCAGCCUGCAACCUUUUCAAGCUGAAACUUAUCCCAUCAGCGUCGAGCUCUGCCGAGAUAUUGCCGCGCAUUUCUCCAAGCAGGCAGCCAGGGUUGGAGAGGAGGUCGAAGAUCACAAGGAGACAGGGGAAGGAGGAAAAUUCGACAUCAGCGAGCAGAGGGAGUGGAAUCCCUCAAGGCGGGUCAAGGUUGGAUACGUCUCGUCCGAUUUCAAGCAGCAUCCUCUCUCCUACCUGAUUCAGAAUCUCUUCCUAUUUCACGACAAGUCGAGGUUUGAGAUCUACUGUUACGCGACCUCUCCCAACGAUGGCUCGAUGUACCGCAAAAAGAUAUCGGAGGAAUCUUGCCGGGGGUCAGCUACUUCGGCACGAUGGGAGGGGGAUGCCAUCGACUCGUACAUCUCAGACAGGAAGGGAACCCCACCAGAGAUCGCGUGCACGCAGGGACAUGGCGAUCAGUGUCUGUACAAAGAAAAGAUGCUCUACAUGCCGCACAGCUAUCAGCUAAAUGACCACAAACAAGCUCACCACGCCAUAAUUGACAGCGGGCCCCUCCCAAGGUCUCAAGUCCAGGCCUCCCACCCGCUCCUGAACAGCUCGGUGGUGUACGUGAACUUCAACAGCUACCAGAAGGACAUCAUCGCCAACGUGGAUGGCAGCGUCUUGUGUAUCCUCCUGAGGGAGAACGACGACUACGAGCACAGCCUUGCCAAUGAACGUCUCAUCACCUCCCCGCUGACGGACGCGCGUAACAACUUGUUGAGGAUGGGGGCAGCAGAUCUGCAUCUCGACACGCUCCUCUUCAACGGGCACACGACCACGACUGACUCGCUCUGGGCGGGCGUGCCUGUCCUCACAACUCCUGGCAUCCGUCAUGCUUCUCGCGUCGCCGCCAGCAGCUCUUCGCUCUUCCAUGACGUCCCGCACAUGUCGGUACCGACGCUGGAGGAGUACGUGCAGCAGGCAAUCGUGCUAGGGAGGAGGAGGGAGAAGUUGGAGGAGCUCAAGUCCAAAGUUCGUUCGCAGAGACUAGAGACUCCUCUCUUCGACACGCAGAGGUAG